AUGGACCCCUGGGCAUACUCCGCGCCCUGGGGACACAGGCUGCUGGAAAAGGUCGCCGGCGGGCGGGGCUUCUCCCUCAAGGCAAACAGGUUCCUGGUGCUGGGCCUCACCUUUCUGUGCUACACCUCGUACCAUGCCUCCCGCAAACCGCCAUCUAUUGUCAAGGCGGUCCUGCACGGCAGCGGUGGAAACCCAAAACCCACCGACGCCCUGGCAGCAGGCUUUCUCGGGAGGGCCGAGGACGCAGGGGGGUGGGCUCCAUUCAACGACCCCAAGCAGGGCAAUGCGCUGCUGGGGGCUCUGGACCUCUCCUUCCUCGCAGCCUAUGCCAUCAGCAUGUUUGGUGCUGGGCACAUUGGAGACCGCGUGGACCUGCGAUACUUCCUCACCGGGGGAAUGAUCGGCAGCGGCACCUGCGUCAUCCUCAUGGGCGCAGCCUACUUCCUCAACAUCCACACGCUCGGCUACUUCAUCGCCGUGCAGAUCGUGGGAGGCUUGCUGCAGGCCACCGGCUGGCCCAGUGUGGUCAGCGUGAUGGCCAACUGGUUUGGGAAAGGAAAGCGUGGCCUCAUCAUGGGCCUCUGGAACGCGCACACCUCCGUGGGAAACAUCCUGGGCUCGCUGCUGGCGGCAUACAUGCUGCAGUACGGCUGGGGCUGGUCCUUCAUCGUCCCCGGCAUCGUCAUAGUCGUGAUGGGCCUCGUCAUCUUCUCCUUCCUGGUGGUGGAGCCCCAGGACAUCGGCUUCCUGCCCCAGAGCGGCUCGGUCGUGGGCAGCAUAGCCGCGUCGGAGGUGGACACCCCCCGCUCCGAGGCCUCCUUCGGCUCGGACCUGGGCGACGACGCGCGCGACUACCUGCAGCGCCACCUGUCGGUGAUGGCCGACCGCCAGCGCGGCGGCCUGGUCCCCGCCCACGUCGCCGCCAAGCUGGCGGCGCACCACACCGUGCGCCCCGCGCCGCGCCACGGCAUGUUUGGCAUGGGCUCCACGCUGGUCCUGGUGGACCAGGCGCGCGAGGUCCCCGAGCCCGGCGCCGAGGACGAGCUGGGCAGCCUGGGGCCACGCCCGGCCAAGGUGAGCGCCGGUUUCUGGGGUGCCUGGACCAUCCCGGGCGUCACAGUCUACGCGCUGACCCUCUUCUUCGCCAAGCUGGUGGCCUACACCUUCCUCUACUGGCUGCCCUACUACAUCAACGCCCAGAAGGUGGGCGACCGCCACCUCACCCCCACCGAGGCGGGCCAGCUGUCCAUCCUCUUCGACGUCGGCGGCGUGCUGGGCGGCGCGCUGGCGGGCCACCUGUCGGACGUGACGGGGGCCUCGGCCGUGGUGUCCUCCUCGUUCGUCUGGCUCACCAUCCCCGUGCUCUGGCUCUACCGCCACUACGGCUCCGUCAGCUUCACGGUCAACAUCACGUUGAUGAUGGUGGCCGGCUUCUUCGUCAACGGACCCUAUGCCCUCAUCACCACCGCGGUGUCGGCAGACCUGGGCUCGUCCUUGACUGGCAACGAGAAGGUGCUGGCCACGGUGACGGCCAUCAUCGACGGCAUGGGGUCGGUGGGCGCGGCCAUCGGGCCCAUGGUCACGGGCUACAUCUCGGAGCUCCCGGGCGGCUUCGACAACGUCUUCCUCAUGCUCUACGGGGCAGCCGCCUGCGCGGGUAGCCAGGCCGCGGCCUCGUUCAGGUUUGUCACGGAGCUCAGCACGAUCUCGGCGUUGAGGUUGUUGGGGAUGGAGUCCAAGGAUCUGCUGCGUGCACGGCGAGGGACCACCAAGGAUUCGAUGCCGGGCUCCACCCCCGCCGACUUGCUGGACUACACCCAGAUCUCCUCGGCGGAUGACUUCCGGUACCUGCCGCCGGGCGUGUCUGCCGACGCACACGAGGCCACCAUCGACAAUGAGACGGGGCGGGUCCUUUGA